AUGAGUUCAUCCAAAUUGUUGGAAGCCAAGGAUAUUGCCAAGACCGUCGAAGCACCAGGUGGUUUGCUAACCAUCUUGCACCCAUUGUCGCUGAGCAUUCGGCUCGGCGAAUCGUUGGCUAUCGUUGGGCCGUCUGGAUCUGGUAAGACUACACUUUUGGGACUGUUGGCGGGGCUGGAUGUUCCAAGCAAUGGCCGGGUAGUCCUCGACGGACAGGAUCUGACGUUGUUAAGCGAAGACCAACGCGCUGCAUUGCGCAAUCGACGGGUGGGUUUCGUCUUCCAGUCCUUUCACUUGUUGCCGGCGUUGACGGCCCUGGAAAAUGCCAUGCUCCCGCUCGAAUUGGCUAACCAGCCCCAACCGAGGCAGCGGGCCAGCGAAAUUCUAGACCGCGUGGGUCUGGCGGAUCGCCUCGAACACUACCCGAACCAACUGUCUGGCGGAGAGAAACAGCGAGUCGCUAUCGCCCGGGCAUUCGUCACCGGGCCGGCGCUGUUGUUCGCCGAUGAGCCAACCGGCAAUCUCGACACAGCGACCGGUGAACAAAUCUCCGAUCUGUUGUUCGACCUCAAUCAGCAACAACAGACCACAUUGGUGCUGGUAACCCACGACCAGGGCCUGGCUAAACGCUGCGAUCGCAUCGCCAGCCUGCAACAGGGACACCUGCUAGACGACACUCCGAAAGCCGAGCCGAGCAACGCGGAAUGA